UCUUUUUUUUUGUAAUUUUUUAAAACACCCAUCAUAAUUGUUUAAAAUUUUAUUUUCGAAUCAAAAUGUAUUUAUCAUCAAACGUGUAAAAUAAUUAAGAGGCAUUGAGGAAAAUUUAAAUAUUAACACGUAAUAAUAAAGAUAACAAUAAUAACAUGGACUAGUUUUUCUUCAGUUUUGCUCGUUUCCAGGCCAUUCGAUAUUUUGUGCAUUAAAAAAAAAGAUUUGGCAAGGAGAAGAUAAAUACGAUCGAUACUCUUAUAAAUAACAAUAUACAAAAAAGAAUUCUAUGCAAGAUCAACAAAUUUCCGCUUAUUACUUCUAAGCAAAAUUUUAAUCGUGUCUCAUCCUCAAUUUUAUCUACGCACAUCUACAUCCUUUUUGAAUCUCUCGUAAAUGCACAAAAAUACAACACAUCGCACAAAACAAUGAAUAAUAAUAUCUGAUCUGAUUGUCCGCUAUAAUCAGGCAGGUAAGAAAGAAAGAGGGAGACAUAUCUUAUCUACAGCUAGGAGAACAACCAACCACCGAAAAGAGAGGAGAUAUAUGUCGAGGCGACGAUCAAUUUUUUAAUCAGUCGCUCUCUUCUCUUAGGAGCAUCGUGUUUCACUUGACCAAUUCUUUUAGAAAGAAAAAAAAGUGACAUCGAACGUUAUUAUUAUUAUUAUUAUCAUUAUUAUUAUUAUUCCAGAUACGAUUCACCGACCGGAAUAAUAGAAUUGUCGUCGAGGAAGAAAUUAACUUUGAAAGGAAGAGAAUCUCAAAAAAAAAAAAAAAGAAAGAAAGAAAGAAAAAAUCUUACCAGCUAAAAUUCAAGGAAUCUAAUUCGAUUAAGCUCGACGUAAUCGAACGAGAUAUCGUCUCGUAAUCGAGCGAAGAAGAGGGUGAAGAAGAAGAAGAAGAAGAAAGGAACAAGGAUCCCUCGGUGGAAAAUCAUCGUCGAUAUUCGCUCGGGCGAUAAAGACGGCGAUCGAAUACCACCGAGUGUUCACCAAUGAACGUAGCGUACGGUGGUUGCAGACGAGGACAAAACCGUGGAACACGCACGAGGAACAGACAGUGCUGCGUUUUGGCGACCGGGGUCCUCCAGAUUCCCGGAUCCUCACCACCGAUACUACCUGAUUUCAUCACCUCUCGAGAGACCGACGUAGAUCUUCACAACGUAAUCGUUAAUCAUGGGGCUCGACUUCUUGGCAGACGGAGGUGCCGAUUUCGAGCAUGCAAUCACCGUAACAGGAUUCGGCAAAUUUCAUUAUAUGCUGUUGACAAUCUGCGGAUUAAUUUACAUGGACACCGCCAUCGGAGUCACGAUACUCUCCUUCGUGUUACCGGCAGCGCAAUGCGACUUGGAAAUGGAUUCCACCGCGAAAGGGUGGUUAACGGCAUCGCCAAUGUUAGGGAUGGUAGUUGGUUCUUAUAUAUGGGGAUGCCUGGCUGAUAUCAAAGGAAGAAAAGUCGUAUUAAUCGCCACUUUAUUAAUGGACGGCAUUGUAGGUGUCGUUUCCUCUUUUGUCCAAUAUUUUUGGAUUUUCCUAGUGUUCCGUUUCUUUAACGGGUUUGCCGUUACGGGAGCUAUGGGAAUUUGUUUUCCGUAUUUAGGGGAGUUUCAGCCGACAAAGUAUCGCGAAAAAUGUCUUUGUUGGAUGGAAAUGUUCUGGACAGUAGGUGUCAUACUAUUACCAUUGAUCGCAUGGCUGAUUAUACCGAUGAACUUCAUGUACCUUACGGAUACGUUUUACUUUAAGUCAUGGAAUCUCUUCGUAGCGCUGUGCGCUCUACCCUCGUUGAUGUUAGGCCUGUGGCUGUUCGCAUUCCCGGAGAGUCCGAAAUUUCUUCUCGAAUGCGGUGAAACUGACGCAGCACUCGAAGUAUUUAAAUGGAUCUAUUCGCAGAACACUGGGGAGGAUCCUGACUCUUAUCCGGUAAAAUCGUUGCAAGAGAAAAACAAAGACAAAAACAUGAGAUCGUUGAAACUACACAAAAGAAAGGAUUUAAAAGUUCUUUUGAAAGAAGUAAAAGAUCUAACAACUGCUCUCUGCAAGAAACCGUAUCUUAAAAAUACACUACUCGCUUGUGGCAUUCAGUUUGGCCUCACCAGUAGUUAUUAUACCCUCAUGGUUUGGUUCCCAGAAUUAUUCACUAGAUUUGAACAAUUUGAACACGAAAAUCCAAAUAAAACCACAUCGGUCUGUAUAGUAUCUGCUUUAUCCAAUAAUGGAACUCAAAUCGACGCUUAUGGAUGUGAUACCAUAAUAGCGCCUUCCGUUUAUCUUCAUACCGUUUACAUAGGACUUGCCUGUAUUCCUGGUUCCAUUAUUUUACCGAUUUUUGUGCACAAACUUGGCGCCAAAUUCUUUUUGAUUAUGUCACUCUUAGUUUCCGGAGCAGUAACGAUUGCCUUCUAUUAUGUCGUUAAUUCGACACAAAAUUUGAUAUUAUCCUGCGUAUUCGAAGCUCUGACAUCUCUCGGUAUCUCACUGGUUUAUUGCGUAAUCGUCGACAUGUUCCCGACGAAUCUCAGAGUAAUGGCUGCGGCUUUAUCUCUCACCAUGGGUCGAUUAGGCGCACUAGUCGGUAAUUUAGUGUUCGGCUACUUAAUUGACUUAGCCUGUGUGAUUCCUAUAGUUUUAUUCGCAGCAUUUUUAUUCGUAUGUGGAUUUAUGUCUUUCUUGUUGCCGAAAACAGGAAAAGAAACUCUCGAGUAAUUGAAGUACAACUCAUCUCCUGAGGAAAAUUGAGUGAUAAAAAUAUUUCCAGAAGUGGAAGAACAAUCAUACGCAUUGACAAAAAUUGUCUUAGCGUUUGAAUUACAUUUUUACAAAAACUAACAAUGUAUUUAUUACGAUAAUAAUGAUCGAAGGAAAUAUUUCGAUUUCUACGGAUGUUUCAAUUCUUAUAAGAUUAUGAAAGAUAUUCAACAAAAAAAGUAUAUUUUUAUUUUAACAGCAUGUAGAUUCAUGUAAAUAUGUAAUAUUUAUUUUAUGAAUGUUUUACAUACCAUUUUAAAGAAGAUUAAAUAAUAUGAUCAUAAAAUAAAUAAGAUAAUAUAUAGACGCGACUAAAUUUUAAAUUGCGCGCCAUAAGUAUUUGAUAAAAUACUUUAUUUAUAAAUAUAUGUCAAAAAACACUA